AUGUCUUCAAUGGCGUCGACAAAAGAGGUCUAAUUUCUACUCUUUUUUCCUGGUUUUGAUAUUCUUUGUGCUGGAAGAUAGUCCUUUCAAAAUAGGCACAAUUUGUGAGAAAAUAAGCUUGUUUUACAUUGGACGAUAAAAAAUCUUUGGUUUUUCGUUUGAAUUUCACCUUUCUUUUCUGCUCUCAGAAACUUUUGGACAGAAACCUAUUCAAUAUCGCUGAACAGUACCAAUGCUGUAAACAAAAGAACAAUAAAGAAAAAAACGCUGAAAAUUUUCUACUUGGAAUAGGAAUAUAUAUUUUUCUCCACUCUCUUUUUCUUGCUAUAAAAAUUCAUUUUUCUCUUUCCAAAGGAUAAUUAGAUACUCGUGUGCAAAGGAAAUGAAAUUUUGAACUUCUAUCUCCUUGAGUCCGUUCUUUAUACUAUUUCUGGCUGGUCCGAACGGUCCAGUUUGAAUAAACUAUUCGAGUAUGUAACUCCAACUAGAGAAUCAUAAAGUUGAAAACUUUUAAAACCAUUUUUUUUUCUCUGUCAAACUCGUAAAAUGUUAUAUUUCUGGGAAAAAUGCUUUGUUCAGACUGUCCGGACAUCGUCGCGUUUGGACUCGGAGAUGCAGGAUUCUGAAAAUACCGUCCCUCGUGGUUUGAAUUCAAUUAUUUCUAGUGUUCGAGUAUUUAUCGAAACUUGUGAGAAAGGCAAAUAAUAAAUCAGAAAAACUACGGUCGCAGCUUAUUUAUUUCAAUUCCAUCUUGGAACUGAUCAACUUCAAAAUGUUCUAGUUUUUAUUUAUGAAACGUUACAGAUGGAAGUUCGGAGGACGAUCCUAUGAUCACCGAUCCGGAGCCUACGGCAUGACUCAAUAUCUCCUAAUCGAUAUCAACUUUUUUUUUUCAGGAGCUCGGAGAAAUAGUCAAGAAAUGGCCGAAAUCUACGUUUUGCAUCGUGGCCAACGAGUUCUGCGAACGGUUCAGCUUCUAUGGAAUGCGAGGUUUGCGAAGAAACUUGUCAGAACAUCGGGUUUCUGACUGUAGCCGUGCUGACGCUGUACCUGAGGAACAUGCUGAACUUCACGAAGGACGACAGCAUCAUGAUCUAUCACGGCUGGACCGUCAUCUGCUAUUUCUCGCCGAUUUUCGGUUCCAUCCUCGCCGACGGCUACAUUGGAAAAUUUUGGUGAGCCUCCCACAUUUCAAGCAACCACAUCGCGGAUAUCAGGGUAAUUUCCUCAUAUCCACGAGGAAAAAGUUUUUUUUCAAAUCCAGUAGAUCAGCAUACUUCUGAAAAGUAUUUUAAUAAUCGUAAACACUCAAAUUUUGAUUGAGGUUCAUUUUUCAUCCGUUGUUUUUCUUUUCCUGUUCUUGUGAGUUUCUAACGAUAAGAAAAAAGUUUUCAGACAAGUCAGAUGUUUUAAUUUUUAGUGAUUUUAAACGGAGAAAACUCUGUACGAAGAAUUUUUGAUUUUUUUAAAAAAAUUACUAUAGAGUCAUAUUUUUUUCACUCUUGUUUCUUCAUAAUGAAGACUUCAUUCGAGAAAAAUAUAUUUAGAAAAUAAAAAAAGUGUUGCAGGACAAUUUUUUUCGAUUUCGAUCCUCUACGCGGUGGGACAGCUGAUCCUGACGUUUUCCUCGUCUUUCAGCAUAGGUCACAUUGUUCAUCCGUUAGUAUUCUCCAGAUUCGUAGCUCAGAAGUAUCGAUUGAUUCAGCGGCCUCGAUUUGUUUGGUCUCCUCGUUAUUGCCAUCGGCACAGGUGGCAUUAAGCCAUGUGUUUCAGCAUUCGGAGGAGAUCAGGUGAGUCGCAAUCUUCAGAAUCAAGGGAUCAACCAAACAAAUUCAGUUCAAACCCCACUAUCUGAAGAUGAUCGCCAUGUUUUUCUCGGUAUUCUACUUUUCGAUUAACGCUGGGUCAACAAUCUCUUCGUACCUGACGCCGUACCUCCGAGGUUAGAGACCGAGAAGAAAUAUCUGAAGACUCCACUUGAGCGACCCCUUGCUUGGGUAGCGAUUCGUGUUAUCCACUUGCGUUCGGUGUGCCUGCAGCUUUGAUGGUCUUGGCUACAGGUUUUUUUGAAAUUCCAUAGAAAAACUAUUUUUUCCUAGUUAUCUUCAUGGCCGGCUCGUUCAGCUACAAAAAGAUUCCGCCGAAAGAAAAUGUCAUUUUCCGCGUCGUCAAGACUAUUACAGUAUGUUUCCCUCAAAAUAGAUCAAAUCUCCACUCCCAUAUUAAACAUAUAAUAAAGGAGUAGAGCGGUUAAAAGUUCCAAUUUGUGUGAUCGUAGCAAGAAAAAAGAGUCUUUCUGCAUUCUUGAAGCAGUCUAGACCAUGUGCGCUCUCUUUUCAGUAAUUGAGGGUUCAUAAAAGUCAAAACAGUGUAUAUAACAAAUCAUCGAUGAGGGAAGAAGACGCAGAAAAUUUUUCUUUUUUUAUUUCGUUGUGUGAAGAGAGGAAUUAUUCGACUUUUGAAAUUAGGACCUCUGAAGAUCAAUUACCAGAAGCGGUAUUUUUAAAUGAAUCCAGAAUGAAACAAUCAGAGCGCCGUUGGAAACAAGUUCAAAUCAAGAGAAAGGAAGGAACACUGGCUGGACCAUGCAAUGAACGACCACGACUGCAAAGAAGACCAAAGGUGCCUUGAAAAUGAAGGCACAUGUGCUCAGGUGAGUAGGCUCGAUAUUUCUUGGAGUCCGAUUGCAACUGGUUCCAGGUAGGCUUCAUAGAAGACGUGAAACGAUUGGUGCGGGUCUGCGUGAUGAUGUUGCCGAUUCCGAUGUUCUGGGCGCUGUACGACCAGCAAGGCUCGACGUGGGUCAUGCAGGCGGUGGCGAUGAACGGCAAGAUCACGUCGUUUUGGUCGCUGCUGCCCGACCAGAUGAGCACGCUCAACGCCGUCCUCAUCAUGCUCUUCAUUCCCAUCUUCCAGCUCCUCAUCUUUCCUGGAGUCGAAAAAAUGGGCAUCAAAUUGACGUGAGUACAAGAUCUUCUCCUAGCUUAUCACUGACUGAAGCUGUUGAAGGUCUUUGAGAAAAAUCACGGCCGGACUUUUCCUUUCUGCGGUUUCGUUUGCUGUCUGUGGCUUCCUUCAAAUGGCAGUUGAUGUGAGAGAAUCAUAGAGAAUUUUAUUCAACCUAAGAGUUCAACAAUGAUUAAAAAAGAAGUAAAAAUAGACUUUAUAAAAAGAGAGUACGCGUUUUUCAGAAAACAUUAGCCGAUGUCCCUGCUGCGGACGCAGCACAUUUGUCCAUAAUCAACGCGUUUCCCUCGUGCGAGUUUCAAAUCAGCGGCACCACUUUCGAUACUUUCGCUCUACCACCAAAUUCAUCACUAGAAGAUGAUAAAAUCGAAGAGAAGUACAGUUUGCUGCGUUUCAAGGACGGAAUGCUGCAGCCGAACAUUUCGAUUGAAAGGUUCGUGGUUCAGAAACAGACACAAAAAUCUCUUCCAAUUUGAGCACUGCUCCCAAUUGUCCUAAAUUCGUGGCGAAACUACAAUUGGAAGGCGGAAAGACCUACAACUUGGUCCUUUCGCCUCUGGGAUGGAGCUACGCGCCAACUUCCAUUUCGAAACCGGAAGGCGGUGAAGGACAAUUUACCACCAGGUUGUCACUUUAGAACUACUUGAAGAAGUUUCUGGGUUCUCAGUCUGAACUUGAUAUUGCCGUGCAACAAGCUCCCAUCGGAAGUCAUCUGGGAGUCGUGCUUAGGCGACGAUCCUUACGAUGGAAUGCUCGCCUUCUGCAAAAUGGACGAGGAGACCAACUCCGAGAAACCUUGCGACCCCAAACAGAGAGAGUCGGAGCUCUCGUUCCGACUAGCCCUCCAAUCAUUGAUUUUCAGCCGAUUUUUCGAGCUGACGCCUAAGCAGGGAACUGCCGUCGACAUGUACAACUAUCUGACCGGCGCUGUGGCUCCAAUCAAAAACCUCGUCUUCGAAUCUCUGCCAAUCCGCCCUGGAGAGUCUGUCUCAUUCACAGUAAUUUUGCUCAUGUUUCGUUACAGUUAUCAACUGUCCUACAUUAACUAUCUUGUGGCUGACGACGUCAACUCGCACCCGACGGCAUCUCAAACGGUUUGAAAAAAAAAUCGGUUUUUUUUUCUUUGAAAGCAGGAGUACACUUUUUCAGCUUCAAGUUCCACUGAAAGGUGUGGGAAUCGUGAACACGGAUAUGGGUGCAGUGUACACUACGGUGGUCACGAUCAGAGACAGCAGCUCGUCGGUUUGACUCCGGAAACUGUUCCUCACUACGUCACAAGCUCAGGAAUUGAUAAUGACGAAACACACGGUCGUGCAAAGGAACCACGUCAAUAUUCUGUGGCAGAUUCCGCAGUAUGUCAUCAUCACAGCGGCUGAGAUUCUCGUCAGCAUCACUGGAAUCGAAUUUGCUUAUUCUGAGGUUCAUUUUGGUGAGAAAAUGAGUUAAAAUGGUUGUCACUAGGCUUCUCCUGAACUGAAGUCCGUCGUACAGGCGAUUUGGCUGCUGACCGUCGGCGGAGGCGAUUUGAUCGUCAUCUUCAUGACUUUGUUCAAAACUUCGGACGACGUGGUCAGUUAUUGGAAAAGUUUUCUUUUCUUUCAUUCGAUAGAGACCUAGUUCUGUUUGAAGGCGAAAAUUUCAAAAGGUUUCUAUUCCGAUAUAAGUUUGAAUUAUUCUGUCUGGAUCUCAAAAAAACCUUUUUUUCAACAGUCCUGUACAUAAUCGUUUCAUGACUCAACGGAAAAUAGCAAUGGAGUUAGUCUGAAAUGGCCAAGAGGUCGAUAUUUGAGAAUAACUGCUGAAAAAUGGUAUAAAAUUGACCAAUUUUAUGUCAGGCAGUGCAAAUGUUCGUGUGCGGCGGUCUGAUGGUGCUGGUGAUGAUCAUUUUUGCGUUGUUGGCGCAGUUUUACUACGAGUACGCUUCUUAUAACCGCGGCGGCAAAUCUGGAAGCAGUUCUUCUUCGAACCGGGAAGUCCUUGGUUCCUCACGGGCGCCCAACGACUCCUGA